GGUGGAGGAGGAGGAAGAGAAGAGGGUCUUAGCUUCACCCCCUCUAAUGCUCCACUUGACAUCAUGCUGCUCUGUGUGGAUUUGGUCCUCAGGGGAAAAUCCUUAAAAUGAUGGAAGACAACAAACAGCUGGCACAGAGGAUUGAUGGGGCCAUCCAGUCCGCCAGUCAGGAAGUGACCAACCUCCGGUCCGAGCUCUCUGCCACCAGCCGCAGACUGGCAGAGCUGGGUGCCAGCAGCCCCCCUGCCGUGGAGAACCACCACCAGCACAACCACCACGAUGACAGCCUCAACUACCGGGAUCCGUCGGUGCAUCACAGACAGAAGACAGUGGUGACAGACAUGUGCUACCCGACAGAGAUAUCCAGCCUGAUGGACUUUGGCACUCCAGACUGCUCGCUAGGCAAAGUGUUGUUGCGUGAGGAGGUGGCCCAGCUUCAAGAGGAGGUCCACCUGCUCAGGCAAAUGAAGGACAUGUUGAGUAAGGACCUGGAGGAGACCCAGGGAGGCUGCUCCGCCAAUCUGCUCUCAGCCACGGAGCUCCGUGUGCAGCUGGGGGACAAGGAGCAGGAGCUGGACCGUGCCAAGGAGGCCUUACAAGCCAUGAAAGCCGACCGUAAGCGUCUAAAAGUGGAGAAGGCAGACUUGGUGAGUCAGAUGCAGCAGCUGUACACAACACUGGAGAGCAGAGAGGAACAGCUGCGAGAGUUCAUACGUAACUACGACCAACACCGAAAGGAGAGUGAGGACGCAGUGAAAGCCCUGGCAAAGGAGAAGGACAUGCUAGAGAGGGAGAAGUGGGACCUGAGGAGGCAGACCAAAGAAGCCACUGAGCAGGCCAACGUCCUGCGAUCUCAGAUGGACAUGAAGGAGAACAGGGUCAAAGAACUGGAGGCCGAGCUCACCAUGGCGAAGCAGUCUCUGGCCACGCUGACAAAAGACGUACCGAAGCGCCACUCACUGGCCAUGCCCACAGAGCCCGUGGUGAACGGCAGUCAGGAGUGGGUGAUGCAGGCCGACCUGCCGCUCACCGCCGCCAUCCGUCAGAGCCAGCAGACCCUCUACCACGGACACACCGCCGACAGACAGGCUGUGGUCAGGAUCAGCCCCUGCCACUCUCGCCAGCCCUCCGUCAUCUCCGACGCCUCGGCGGCCGACGGGGACCGCUCGUCCACGCCCAGCGACAUCAACUCGCCACGUCACCGGACCCACUCCCUCUGCAAUUCCAUGGAGGACCUGGAGGACCAGAAGCGUAAGAAGAAGAAGGAGAAGAUGACUCUGGGAUCCCUGUCGCGGGUGUUCGCUCGGGGCAAGCAGCGCAAGUCACUGGACCCCGGCCUGUUUGAUGGUACAGCCACCCCUGAUUAUUACAUAGAGGAGGAUGCCGACUGGUGAUGCUGAGAGUGUGAACGUGUGUGUGUGUGUGUGCGUGUCGUGUGUUAAAUUUGGAUAUCCACAUGGCUUUAACUUUGUGUAAAGAGUGUUUUGUGUGUGGGUUUGUCUGGAGGGGGGAAGGGGUUAAAUUUUAAAAGAAAAGCCUAAAAGAGACUGCUAUCCCCAUAAAUGUACAGUAUAUUACCCUUAAAUUGUAUGUUUGUAAAUUAGAUAUAUAUUUAUAGAUGUACAUGUAUGCAUAUGUAUAUAUGUUUACAUGCAUAUAAAUAUAUAUACAUGGGGUUAUUAUUAUGUGUAGACAUGUUUAUGCUGUAUUAUCUUCCAAAUGUCUUAAUGUUUUAUGUUUUUUUUAUAACUGGAGACUUGAAGGACUGCUGUUCAUAUGUAAAUAGAAGUUAUUGUGAAACUAGUGUUUUUACUGUAAAUGUCAUUUGGCUUUUGUUACUUUACAGUUGCUUCUAUCAUGCUUUGCAACAUUGAUUUCAUAGUUUCUUCUUAUUCCCAAUCUUACUUGGCUCGUUUCUUAUUACGAAACAGGAGAUAUACCCUGAGCGGCUCAAAACAUUUUAUAUAUUGGAGUUUAAUUGGCCAAAUUCUGUUCUUCAAAUUGCUUGCUGAUAUGAAAAAUAGUACUUUGUCAUCAUGUUUACUUUAUAAAUGCUGCCUCACACUAUUUUCUGAUAAAACACACCACAAUGUGGGCAGCAGGUAGUUUUUUGUGAAGGCCUCCUCAUCCAUUUUAUGCUAGACAGCAAUAUACCAAGUUACUAUAAUUAACGACUGACCAUCGAGGGUUUAAUAGUCAGUCUUUCUUAAAAAAUGUAAUUGCACAUCAGACCUGAAUGCACAAAGAAAAAAAUGAACGGUGAUGCAUAUUCAGGCACACUUCUCAUCUGCUGUAGAAACCAUGUGCAAGUGCCAAAGGUUAAACACUCAUCUUAAGGAAAUCUGCGUAUCAUUCUGUCACUGUUAGCGCUAGCCUCCUAACAUUGUUUAUGUCUGACUCAUUUCUUACUGAGAGCUGUCUAACAUGUGCCAACAUGUGACGAAGGAAUGCGCAUUAAACACGUGCAUGAUCCCUCUGUGUUGCUUUGAUCAGAUGUCCAUUCAUCGCCAAUCAAAUUAAUAAUCUCCUCAAUCCCGUGUUGCUCCUGUGUUGCCUCUUCCCUUUACCGAGUUAUCUCUCCUUGCAUUUUGAAUGCACGGUCCCUUUUAUUUUGACUUUUUUCGCUGUUUUUGUUUUGCUUUCUGUAGAAUCCCUCCUCAUUUCUUGCAAAUGUGGCUCCAAUAAUUCUAUGUUAAAUGCUUUGUAAUUUAGGAGAUGUUCCAUAAAAGAUAAAAUCUAUUGAAGUAUUUUAUUUAAAAAUAAAAAAGACAAACAAGAGUUAACUUCAAAUAUUUAUCUGCUGCAGCUGUUGCAGCCAGAUGUUGAGGAAGUUUUAGCAUUUUCAAAAUGAAUUAUAAUUGAAAUGAAAUCUUAUUUUAAAAAUAAAACUAGUAACUGAA